AUGAAUUGGUUCAAUUCGGUACUACUCGUUCUUGGAUUGUGGAUCCAGUUCGCUUUGGCGCAAGAUUUACAACAAAAUCUUCAAAGAAUAUCUGUCUACACAAAAGAAGUGAAAUCCCAUUCCAUAAAACCAUAUGGAACAUUAGUUUACAACAAAUCCAACAAAAGAGGCCAAUUUGAAAAGGCAGACACCGACAUAUCAAUAGAUGAAUCCCAGGACGUUUGUUUGGGCACAGAUGACUUGGCUGAACACGGCUGUUUUUCGUUUUUGAGCAAUGGAGCCGAUGCUGGUGGUUUGGAUUAUCAUGUCUACUUGGACGGUUCCGGUGAAAUCAACCAUAUAUCUGUUAGCAACAAUGUCAAGCAAAAUAGCUCAGUAGUGGUGCAUCCUGUGGUUGAAGCUCCGGCACCCAAUUUGAACCCCGAGUCAAGAAAGAAUGCUCCAAAGCAAAACCAACAGCAAGGUCCAAGAAAAGAAGUGGUGGUAAAGAAGAAGAAAGUCGUGAAUGUUGAUGAUGAAGGUAACGAAGUCGUUGAGGAAGUCGAAGAAGAAGUCGAGGUUGAAAUCGACGACAGAUCGUGGAUCCAAAAGAACUGGUUCUAUAUCGCACUUCCAUUGGUGUUCUUCUUGUUGAUGGGCGAGGAAAAGAAAGAGUAG